GUGUGCGGACACUCCGAAGAAGGUGCCGAAAUUCGCGCGGAUACAAGGAUACCCCGAAAUUGUUUCUCAUAAAACUAAUACGCGGAAAACAAUGAAAUACUAUUGGACAUGAAUAUAAGCGACGAAAAAAAAAUCUUCCAUCAAUCUGCAUUUAGGUGUUUAUUGUGUACUAAACGUUGAAAUGCAAAACGGUUUUCCGCGCGAAAAUUAUAACAAAUGAAGUCGAAUAAUACAUACUUCCGAUUUGUAAUGGAAAACCGUGGAAAAUGGGAAAAGUUGCUAGUAAACGUUAAGCAAAUUUAGCAUAAAACAAGAAUAUGGCACAAUUAUAUAUAAAAGAACGAUUCGACGAAAGAAGAUAAAGUACCAAAUGUUUCAUAAGAUGCACCAAAAAGCUACUAUCCUAGUAGCUCCUUCUCUUACUAACAGUAGCUGUACCCAUCCUCGCUAUUUACAAAUCACUUUUUUCUCAGCACUAACUCCCGGAGACGUCGUCCAAGCCGUCAUAGUUUUGUUCAUAACUAUCGGAGUACUGGGAGCCAAUAUGUUAUUAAUAUUAGUUAUUAAUAGCAGAAAAUAUUCAAAAUACAUACAUUCUCAGCCGCGCUAUCUAUUAACGUCUUUAGCAAGUAAUGACUUCGCGAUGGGAUUAUUCGUAACACCCUUCGCUAUUAUUCCUUCUUUGAGACACUGUUGGCCCUACGGAGAACUCGUCUGUCAAAUACAGGCGUUGCUAAGAGGUGCCAUAAGUCAACAAAGUGCUGUGAUAUUAAUUUGUAUGGCAAUGGACAGAUAUUUAUGUAUGCUGUACCCAGCCAGAUAUCACAAGCAUUCCAGUAAAAAAGGAUGCGUCGCAUUGAUCAGCAUGACAUGGAUAAUGUCGGUGACGUUGUUUUCUAUUUUGGUGCUGCCCCAUAGCGGUUUCUAUUUCAAUUCAACGGGAAUGGUGGCGUGCGAACCCUUUUACAACCGAGCUUCGACGAGAAUUUUGGUGGCGUGCGGUUUUUAUUUUCCCACCACCAUGAUUUUGAUGUAUUGCUACGGCUCCGCUUUUCACGUCAACAAAUUGAGAUUAAAGAAAACCUCCAGAGGAGACAUUCUGACGAAUAAUCAACUGGAACAUGUCACGCCAUCAACCCAUAUUGAAAAAUUAAUGACGCAAGAACGUAGGUUAAGUACGACGGCAUCAAGGACAAUGGCGGCGAUGUCGUUGGGGUUUAUAGUUUUGGUGACGCCUUGGACGAUACAAGAAGUCGUAGCAGCUUGCACGGGGACCAGAGCUCCCCCUUCACUAGAUUUUCUCGCUACGUGGUUAGCGCUAAGUAACAGUUUUUGGAAUCCGUUUCUUUACUGGCUUCUGAAUAAUCAUUUCCGAAGGGUUAGCCGAGAAAUUUUGUUCAAUAAGUUUUCUUGUAAAAGUGGUCCAGAAUCGAAACAACGGGAUUGUUUUCAAAGUUUCCAACAUCAACCCCAUUGCUGCAGCAACAUGGACGGCGUGUCCGGACACACCCAAGGCUGCGAUUUCGACGGGCUUUCGGAAAAAUAUUGGGGCGAAAUUUUGGAAAGGACUUUAUCUUCUAGUUCCCUCCACGCCCUACAAAGAACUUACGUUCAUCCCUGUAUGGAAACGUGUAACGGAAUUCAAGAAAUGAGAGUAUUCGAUACAACCACCCCCGAUUUAUGACAAUCGGAUAAAACUACGCAAACUUUCGAUAUUACGGUCAGCGAAAGUAUGGGUAGUUCUUCCGAAACUGCUAUUAUAACCAAAUAAAUAAUUUCGUCGAUGUUUAUACAAAAAUAAAAUAUAUUUAAAUUUUUUUUUGUAAAUAUCGAGAAAAUUGUCGAGAAAUUAUAUAAAAAUAGGGAUCGUUCAAGCAUUUAAUAAAAAAUAUUUUCUCCGAAA